AUGAGAUAUCAUAAACUAUUUAAAACGGAAAUGAUGACACUUUUCUCAAAGGACUACGCGAAUUUGAGCAUUUUGGAACUUCGCAACUUCCAAAUCACCUUCUUAAAUGCCCAUUUUCUGCAAGAUUUCAUUCCAAAUGAAUUAACUCUCAGUCAUGUAAACGGAACCACUUUGGGUGUUCUCAUCGCCAACUUAAACGAUCAUGCCUGCGGAGCAAUCAAGAGUCUGGACAUUUCGGGUGUCAAUAUAUUCAAAUUUCCCCCAUUUUUUCCUGAGGUUGGUGAACUCGGAUGGUUAAGCAACCUGAGUACUCUGAAUAUUAGUGAUACCAGUCUGGAUUCGUCAGCCCUAGCCAUUGUGGUUGAAAAAUGUCCAACCUUGAAACAUCUCGACAUUUCGGAUAAUCCAGUUGAGGAUAUAAGUUGUCUUCUCAAUUUAAAAGACCAAUUAGAAGGACUAGUCCUGCAUUUCAACGUGAUGCCGGAGGAAGCAAUUUAUUGGGAAGCCAUAUGGACUGUUCUGCGGUUGGAAAAAUUGCAAAAAUUAGAUUUGUCGGCCUUUGAGAAAAAUGGUAACUAUCGCCUCUCGAAUGUGGAAACUUUGCUCUCAUCAGGAACUUUUCCUCACCUGAAACACUUUGAUAUUAGCGGUAAUCCGCUUGGUCUCACCUCAGCUGAACUACAGACAUUUAUUGCAAAUCAUCGGAAUCUCAGAUUUCUUGGGUUGGCUCAUUGGCCUGAACGUCUAAAGGCUUAUGAUUUAUCUCUUAAAUACCCUAAUAUUACGAUGUCUGGCGAUGUCGGCGAAAGUAUGCUAAUAGAGGCCAUAAGACAGUACUGGAGGAAUCGUCGAUCAUUCGAUGCGACAUUGCACAAUAUCUAUAUACAGGCGGAAAGUGGACAUAAAUUCAGCGCCGAUAUUUUGGACGCCAUUCUUGAUGCCGCUGAGGAAAUUCGAAUCACCGAACCUUGUACUAUCCUUUAUAUGGCGACUAUGUAUGUUGUGUUGAAUAAUCUAAACCCAGACGAAUUAUCGAAAAAUCUACUUACUCGAUUAAUGAAAUUUAAUCUGGAUGCAAUGUUUCAAAACCGAGAAAGUUAUUUAUUUAUGAACAUCUUAAUGAAUAAGUUCAAGGCGGUAAGUUAUUUUUGA